AAGAACCCGUUUCUGCUAGAGCUGCGGUAACAUGUGAUGAUAUUCUUGCUGCGUUGCCCGGAAAGAAUAGCCCGCAUGGUGCGCUAAAAAUUUACUUGAGUAGAAAUUAAGUGAAACACCGAUGUCGUGCUUACUUUAAGAAGUUGCAUCAGGAUAAAUAAAUCGGCACAGCUGACUUACAAGCGACUAAUAAAAAAUCAAUGGAGUUUCAACCAGUUGUUCUGGCGGCUGGCCGAGGGUCUAGGAUGACAGAUCUUACAUCACAGGUACCCAAAGCUCUACUGCCAAUAGGAAAUAUGCCCAUGCUAUGGUAUCCAAUAAAUACCUUACAACGAGCAGGAUUUGAAGAGGCGAUUGUGAUAGUGUUAGACUCAUACUGUGCUGAAGCACAAAAGUUAUUGGUGGAGAUUUGUGAUGUUAAAAUGAGAUUAGACUUUGUGAGUAUACCUGAUCAGGAUUAUAUGGGAACUGCAGACUCUUUAAGAUACAUCAAGGACAAAAUAAAGAGAGACAUCUUGUUGAUCAGUUGUGAUUUGAUAAUGGACAUUAGUUUACAUCACAUUGUUAACAUCUUCAGAACAUAUGAUGCCACCAUCACCAUGCUGCUGUGUAGCACACCAGAACAGACCUCAGAGAUACCGGUUCCUGGUCCAAAAUCGAAGAAAAGAUCUGAGCGAGAUUUUAUAGGUUUUGAUGAGAAAGGUAACAGGGUUUUGUUCAUGACAUCAGAGGCUGAUCUCACAGAUAUGGAUGAUGAUAAAAUCAAAUUUAGAAAAUCUUUAUUUAAAAAGCACCCUAAUGUAAAUAUUAGGUCCAAUUUAACAGACUGUCACCUUUAUCUUAUGAAGAAGUGGGUGAUAAACUAUUUAGCUGAUAAUAAACAAAUAUCUUCAUUGAAAGGGGAGCUAAUUCCACAUCUUGUGAAGAAACAGUUUGCCAGAAGAAAAAAGAAAGACAUACCAAACACAAAUGAAUCUAUUAUUUCAGAAGAUGUUAAGUCAGAUAUCUUGAGUUACAUACCAGAAAAUGAUAUGUCAGGUGUCAUACAAGACAUGUCUACGUGGAUAGAUCAUACCGGGGACAUGGAGGAUUGUUUCCAUGGUGAUAAAAUACGUUGCUAUGCCUACACCGUCACAGGAGGAUUGUGUGUACGUACAAACACAGUGGCUUCCUAUUGUGAAACAAACAGACAGAUUCAAAGAUACUUGAUGUCUGUAAAUAAAGAUAUGCCUAAUGUUCAUCCAUCUGCCACCCUUAAAGGAAAACAGCAGAUUGGUACUGAUUGUCUAGUCGGGGAAAGUGCUAUUGUUGGAGAGAAGGUGUCUGUGAAACGUUCAGUGGUUGGUAGACAUUGUACUGUAGGUGAUAAAGUGAAAAUAACUAACUCUGUUCUCAUGGAUCAUACUCAUAUUGGUGAAGGGUGUAGUAUACAAGGUAGUGUUAUUGCGGCCAAUGCUCACAUUGGUGAGAAGUGUGAACUGAAGGACUGUAUUGUUGGUAGUGGACAAAACAUUGGUGCUAACAGUAAAUAUACAAACGAGGCUCUAGUGGCAGAAGAGGAGAUGCUGGAAUUCUAAUCUACUCAAUCAGUAUUAUAAUCAUUCUCCUGAAACAAUUCAGUAUGUGGUGCAAAAUUAUUUAGAAUUGAUACUGAAAAGACCAUACAGUGUAGAUGAUGUCAUUUUUCAUGUACCAGUAUUUUGAAAUUUGAAAGUGACAGUUAAAAAUUGGGUGGAGCCGUUUUCAGAUCGAAUUUCCCCAGUAUGUACAAUAUAAACAAUACAGAUACAAAAACUA